CCGCCGUUGUCUCGGUUAAUCAAGGAUAUCCAAGAAUUGCCAAAAGAAUCCAUCAAACUUUUGGUGCUACCUUACUUUUGUCUGCUUGUAAUCCAACGUUUUGGAAUGUUGCUUAUUCGAUAUGGUUAUUUAUGUUAAUAAUCACAUUUUUUAUGGGAGAAUUAUGGCGGAGAAUGGAAGGGGUAUUUAAAUUAUGUAAUAUAGAAGGAGAAUCUAAAGUGGAUGAAAGAAAAUCUAUGUUACAUGGCUAUAUUGAUCACGAAAAUUAUAACAGGCUUCCGGAAUUUACAUGGGAAGAAAUAAAUGAUCGCGUUCAAUCUGGCGCAUUCCUGGUCAUAUGUGAUGGAUUGGUAAUUGAUAUUAGAAAAUGGAUUAGAAUUCAUCCAGGCGAAAAUGUAAUCAAAGAAGAUGUAAUGACAACAGACACACCAGUGUUAUCAACUUAUAGAACAAAUAAUAUUAACUCAUCAAUUCUGAAAAAGUAUAUUUCUAUUUUAAAAGGAGAUGGACCAACUAAAGGUUCCG